AAUCCCCAAUUCGAAUGUGAGAGUCAAUUAAAAAAAAAAAAGAGAAAAAAAGAUCUUCAGAUCGGACGGUGGAUAUAUCAAGAUCUCCAGAUCAUUUUGACUUUCUUUGGUCAGAGAUGACAUUCAUGUAAUUUUAAUUAAGGCGUAGAUUCUUCUUCGUCUUCUCUAUUCUCCUCAUAACAGAACGCCAAAACAUCCAAAAGCAAUGGCGCCACCGGCAACGAUUCGGUGGUGCGCAGUCGUAUCGUUUCUCACGGUUUCUUUCCUUGUCUCUUCAUCAACUGCCAUUUACUGUGACGAAGACGAUUGCUAUGACCUGCUAGGGGUUACUCAAAACGCCAAUGCUUCAGAGAUUAAAAAAUCCUACUACAAACUCUCAUUGAAAUAUCAUCCUGAUAAAAAUCCGGAUCCAGAAUCGAGAAAGCUGUUCGUGAAAAUCGCAAAUGCUUAUGAGAUUCUGAAAGAUGAAGCUACCCGAGAGCAGUAUGAUUAUGCAAUUGCACAUCCAGAGGAGGUGUUUUAUAAUACAGCUCGCUACUAUCGUGCAUAUUAUGGUCACAAAACAGAUCCUCGUAUUGUCUUGGUUGGUCUUCUUCUGAUUCUCUCUGGAUUUCAGUAUCUGAAUCAGUUGACAAGGUAUAAUCAGGCUGUCGAAAUGGUCAAGAAGACUCCUGCUUAUAAAAAUAGGUUAAGGGCACUGGAACUUGAACGCAGUGGAGGAACUACAACUAAGAAGAAGGGUAACCGGCAGAUGGAUAAGAAAAUGGAGGAAGAUCUCAGCAAAGAACUUGAACUGGACAUAAAGGGAGCACAAAAACCUGCCAUCUGGGAACUCAUUGGUGUUCGUUUUCUACUUCUGCCUUACACUAUAGGCAAGCUAUUAUUGUGGCAUGGCCGCUGGUUCUGGAGAUACAAAGUGAAGAAAGCUCCAUAUUCUUGUGAGGAUGCCUUAUACCUAACACAGCGGUCGCUGAGAGUGCCACUGGAUGCAUGGAAAAGCCUUGAUGAGCCAAUGAAGGAGGAUCUUGUUCGGAGACAGUUGUGGGAGAAGUCUAACUUAGAGAGGUACCUUACAGAAAUGCGCAAAGAAUCUAAACGCAGAAGAUAGCAGAUUUUGCUGCCUUGCUAUCUCAUACUCUUCAAAUACUGACAACACAAAUUAUUAUUUUUUUUUGGUUGAAAUUGACCUAUGUAAGAGUGCAAUCGUAUCCUACUAAAAAUAGGAGUUGUUUGAGUUAUUUUUUAUAUCCCAAGGCAGAGCAAGAUUUUUGUUGCCACUUAUAAAAUUAUGUAAUUGUAACUGUAAGCAUCAAAUAAGAAGUUUUGAAUACAGAUGUUAAAGUGAUGUUGAA